CUCUUCUUCCACAGGAUGGUUCAGAAGAACAUCACAAUGUCCCACAGGAUGAUCAGUUUGCGAAUCCGGGUGAAGAUCUGAAUAUUAUAUAUGUUACAGAGACAUAUGAGAUGGAAGAUGAGCGGAAUAUAGAGGACAUUCCUACAAAUAACCGACCGGAUGACUGUACCAAAUGCUCAAAUGGGCACCUGAGAUCUUCAGAUUUUAAAGCAGAUGAUCUUGGUAUCUUACAAGACACUUAUCAAAAUAAUGCCAUUGUCCCGUGUACAACCUCAGCUUUUGAAACCAACAAUCAACCCUCUGAUUGUUCUCAGUGCGACCUACCUCUUCAUUCAUCACAAACUGUUAAGCAAAAGAAAGAUCACAGAAGAGGUGAACAUCCAACAACUCACACAGUGGAGAAGCAAUUAUCCUGUUCAGAAUGUGGAAAAUAUUUUAAACGGAAAUCAGAUCUUGUUAAACAUCAGAAAAUUCACACAGGAGUAAAGCCGUAUUCAUGUUCAGAAUGUGGGAAAUGUUUUAUACAUAAAUGGGAACGUGCUACACAUCAGAUAACUCACACACGGGAGAAACCAUUUUCAUGCUCAGAAUGUGAAAAAUGUUUUAAACGGAAAUCAGAUCUUGCUACACAUCAGUUAACUCACACAGGGGAGAAACCAUUUUCAUGUUCAGAAUGUGGGAAAUGUUUUAGGAAUAGAUCAUACCUUGUUAUACAUGAGAGAAGUCACACAGGAGAGAAACCCUAUUCAUGUUCACAGUGUGGAAAACUUUAUAGUGUUAAAUUUGCUCUUUUAAACCAUGAGAAAAUUCACACAGGUGAGAAGCCAUAUGUAUGCUCAGAAUGUGGUAAAUGUUUUAUCCAGAAAUCAGAGCUUGCUAAACAUCAGAGAAAUCACACAGGGGAGAGGCCAUAUUCAUGUUCAGAAUGUGGGAAAGGUUAUAGAAUUAAAUCAGAACUUGUCACACAUCAGAGAUCUCACACAGGGGUGAAGCCUUUUUCAUGUUUGGUAUGCGAGAAACAAUACAGCAAUAAAUCAACUCUUGUUAUGCAUCAGAGAACUCACACAGGGAAGAAGCCAUUUUUAUGUUCAGAAUGUGGGAAAUGUUUUACUUCUAAAAACAUUCUUGUUGUACAUCAGAGACGUCACACAGGUGAGAGGCCAUUUCCAUGUUCAGAAUGUGGGAAAUGUUUUAUAGGUAAAUCAGAUCUUAUUUCACAUCAGAGAAUUCACAAAGGAAGGAAACCAUUUUCGUGUUCAGAAUGUGAAAAAUGUUUUAUCCAGAAAUCAGAUCUUAUGAAACAUCAGAGAACUCACACAGGGGAGAAGCCAUUUUCGUGUUCAGAAUGUGGGAAAUGUUUUAGUCAGAAAUCAGCUCUUGUUAAACAUCAAAAAGUUCACACAGGGGAGAGACCUUUUGCGUGCACAGAAUGUGAGAAAUGCUUUGCUUCCAAAAAAUCUCUUGCUAAACAUCAGGAAAUUCACACCGAGUAGAAGCCAUAAUUAGUGAUGGCCAGUUCGCAGUGUUCGCCAGCGAACACAUGCGAUCUGCCAUCUUAACUGACAAGUCCAGCGAGGCACAGGUAAGUCCUUAC